AUGAUGCCCCGAUCGCUUUUCUCUCUUGCCCUUUUGAGCCUCCUCUCUGGAACCUCUGGUUUCUCGGUUGUGACCACAGACAAUAACCGUCAGUCUACUUCCCUGAACAUGGUGGACCAAAAUGUCCUCAUGGGUGCCGGGGUGGCGUUUGCCGGAUUGUCGGUAGGGAUCGGAAUGGUGGCAUUCACAGAGAAUCAAGGCGAACGCGCACGAGAACGUGGAGGAGGUUUGUCCGAUGACAUGAGUACUCGAAUAGCUGGAAGUCUCUUGGAGGACGUAGAAGUGAGCUCUGUCUCUGAUGUCGCAUCGUUGGCCAGUCAAUUGGAAUCUGCCUUGAAAGAAACCGGUGCCGCGGAUACAGCCGACAUGGAACUCAGCGAAGCAGACAAGAAACGUAUUGCCGAAGAAGCGGAUGAUGGAUGGUAA